AUGGGAUUUAUCACAACGACAACUCUUGCGCCCCUUCUGAAUGAUACUGAUGACUUCCAACUCGUACAAUGCUAUCUACCACAACACACCAAGACUUAUUCUCACUUCUCGACAUUCAUAAAUGGUUACGUAACAUGUGCGGUCAUUAUUAUCGGAACAAUGGGGAACCUGAAUGGAGUCAAAAGUGUACACGUCACAUCGAUCGACAAAAACCGCGGCUUCGCUUUGGCGGUUUCAAUGUUGGCUCUCGCGUUCUGGGAUACUGUACUUCUGUGGUCAGCGUUUUUCUACUAUGGAUUCAAGGGAAUCGGACUUUCGGGUAAUAUGAAUGGUAUCAACAUCAAUUCGCUUGUACCCUGGGUUCAUGCCCUGUCGCACAUUGCUAAUACGGCAUCAACUUGGUGUGUGGUCUCCAUUACGAUGCAACGAUUCAUUGCUACUCGAGACCCAUUCCGAUCCUCACGAUCUCCAAUUCCACCCACUUCAUUCCGAGCCGAACGACGAAUCUCAUUCAUGUAUAGUUCCAAGUAUCGCCGGUUAUUCAGAACACCUUUGGUCUUAUCGUUCCUUGCAAUCAUUUUCAAUCUCCCGGCAUUUUUCGAAAUCAAGUCGACUCCAUGCUUCAACGCAUUAACCAACUCUUCCUCGUUCCAACUCACCCUCACAUGGCUCAGGACCGACAAGUUCUACUCGUACUACCGGGUUGUUAUAAGAAUGCUUUUGGUGUCUGUGGGACCAAACAUUCUAAUUAUUUUCCUCAGCGCUAUAACUCUAUUCUACCUUCGAGGAUCCAACAGAUCACGACGCCAGCUUUUCCAAAUGACUGAUAAUUUAUUGGAUAGGUUCGCCACCAGAGAAAGUAUGAAUACAGUGAUCUCUGUGAUGCUUGUAGUCAAGUUCCUAGCGUUUCGAAGUCUCACAUUCGCACUUGACAUCUUUGAAGUGAUCGGGGAAAACACAAAUUACUAUGUCAUUGAUAUUAGCAACUUGAUGAUACUCAUCAAUUCUGCAACAAAUUGCUUGAUCUACCUCAAAGCAACAGAAUGGCUAAGCCAACGACUUAUCGAGAGAAGAACCAUUAAACGAAAGAAGACGAUUUGUGAUUCUGGCCAACUGCUGGGAGACCGGUUGUCAAUUCUAAUCUCCUCUUGGGAGAAGGCAAACGAAAUGACAAAUGGCGAAAUUGGAGUCAGAGUUGCGUGGAACAUGGUUCGGAAACAUCCAACGAUGUGCAAGAAAACUUUACCGGAACCCGAAAAGGUCUCUCUACUCAACGGCUCUUGCAAGCGAAGCAUUGAUCACGCCAAGUUCCAAGAAAUUGGCGGACGGAUAUCCGGGUUCAUCGCAGAGCUGCUUGAAUUAAUGCGGACUAAUCAGGCGGAAAGUUAUAUAAUUAUGCGAAUCCGCCGAGUCGGAGCGGUUCACUACGACAAAGGGAUUGUGUUCUCUUCAUCUGUAUGGAAGGAGUUCAAGUAUACAAUUCAGAGCAUCAUUUCAGAAGUGCAGUUCUCGUCACCUCAGGAACGAGAAGCCGCACUUGAUGCAUGGAACAUCUUCAUCUCGUUCAUCAUUCGAGAGAUGAAAAUGGGAAUCUGGGCGAUCGGUGACACGAUAGUACAGAUGCCAUAA